AUGGAAAGAGAGGAGAAAGAAAGGGGAAGAGAUGGAGGAAGAGACGGGAAAGGAAGAGGAAAGGAGAGGAAAGAGAGGCAAAGAGAAGGAGGAAAAGAGGGGAGGGAAGGUAAAGAAGAGGAAGAGAGGGGAAAGAGAAGGAGUAAAGGAGAGGAAAGAGAGGCGAAGAGAAGGAAGGAAAAGAGGGGAAAGAGAGGGGAAAAAGAAGGUGGAAGAGAGGACAGAGAGGCGAAGAGAAGGAGGAAAAGAGAGGAAAGAGAGGCGAAGAGAAGGAGGGAAAGAGGGGAAAAAGAGACAAAAGAAGGAUGGAAAAGAGGCAUAAGGAGCAGCAACAGGGAUAACAGGGACAACAGCAGCAACAGGGAUAACAGGGACAACAGCAGCAACAGGGAUAACAGGGACAACAGCAGCAACGGGGACAACAGCAGCAACAGGGACAGCAGCAGCAACAGGGACAACAGCAGCAACAGGGAC